AUGCCGCCUCCCGCGCGCUCCGGCUUCUAUGUGAGCCGCGGGGCUGCCCUGGGCCUGGCCGCGCUGGCCGCCGCGCUGCUGCUGGCGCUGGCGGUGCUGGGCGCCCUGCACGCCCGCGGCCAGCGCGCCCCGCCGUCGGAGGAGCCGUCCCCGGCCCCCGGGGCGCAGGACGCCGAGGUCCUCGUGCCAGCCCCCCCGGAGGAGCCGCCAGCCCCGGUCUCCGACGCCCCGGCCCGGCCCCCGGGGCCCUGGCAGCGGCUGCGCCUGCCGCCCUGGCUGACGCCCGAGCACUACGACGUGGAGCUGUGGCCACGGCUGCGCCCCGGCGCGCCCGCCCCGGACUUCACGGGCCGCGUGCGCCUCGCCGUGCGCUGCCGGGCGGCCACGACGCGCCUGCUGCUGCACAGCCUCCUCCCCGAGCUGCGGGCCGAGGUGCGCGGGCCCUUGGACGCGGGGCCCCUGCAGGCCGCCGCCCCAGAGGCGGGCCGGGUGCCGGUGCUGGACGUGUGGUUCGCGCGGGACACCGAGUUCGCGGUGCUGGAGCUCGGGGAGCCCCUGCAGCCCGGCCGCCGCUACGAGCUGCGCCUCAGCUUCGCGGGCCGCGCCGCGCGGGACGCCCGGGAGGGGCUCUUCCUCACCGAGUACCGCGACCAGGGCCGCCGCAGGGCCCUGAUAGCCUCUCAUUUGGAGCCCACGUAUGCCAGGAACGUGUUCCCCUGCUUGGAUGAGCCGGCUCUGAAGGCGACGUUUAACAUUACCAUCAUUCAUCACCCGAGCUACGUAGCCCUUUCCAACAUGCCUCCUCUGGGUCAGUCUGAGAAGGUGGACGAGGACGGAAGCCGAUGGAGGGUCACCACGUUUCGCACCACACCCCGCAUGCCCACAUACUUGGUGGCACUCGCCGUGUGUGACUUUGAUCGUGUCAGCAGGAUGGAGCGGGGGAAGGAGAUAAGCAUCUGGGCCCGCAAAGACGCCAUUGCCAGUGGAAAUGCCGACUUUGCCCUGAACAUCACUGGCCCCAUCUUCUCUUUUCUGGAGGAUUUAUUUAACAUCAGUUAUCCCCUCCCCAAAACAGAUUUCAUUGCUUUGCCCGUCUUUGAUGAGCGCGCGAUGGAGAAUUGGGGGCUGCUGAUGUUUGAUGAGUCACUGCUGCUGCUGCAGCCCAGCGACGAGCUGAUGGAAAAAAAGACUCUCAUCUCCUACAUUGUGUCCCACGAGGUUGGGCACCAGUGGUUUGGAAAUCUGGUCACCAUGAAGUGGUGGAACAAUAUUUGGCUCAACGAGGGCUUUGCAUCCUACUUUGAGUUCGGGGUUACUAGCCACUUCAACCCCACGCUCCCCAGGAAUGAGAUCUUUUUUUCUAACCUGUUACAUGGCGUCCUCAAAGAAGACCACGCCCUGGAGGCCCGAGCUGUGUCUGUGAAGGGGGAAAACUUCACAGGAACCAGUGAGAUCAUCGGCCUGUUUGACUUAUUCACAUACUACAAGGGGGCGUCUGUGCUUCGGAUGCUCUCCUGUUUCCUAAACGAGCAUUUAUUUAUCAGCGCCCUGAAGUCAUAUUUGGAGGCAUUUUCUUACUCCAAUGCUGAGCAAGAUGACCUGUGGAGUCAUUUUCAAAUGGCCAUAGAUAGCCAGACUGGAAUUAUUUUGCCGGCGACAGUGAAAGCCAUCAUGGAUACCUGGACCCAGCAGAGUGGCUUUCCUGUGGUCACCUUACACGUGUCCACUGGUGCCGUGACGCAGGAGCCCUUUUACCUGGGGAAAGCUGAGAACCGGACACUCCUAGCCCACAAUGGCACGUGGAUUGUCCCUAUUCACUGGAUGAAGAGUGGAAUAGCCCAAUCUUUAGUCUGGCUAGAGAAAGACAGCAAAGUGUUCCCUGAAAUGCAGCUUUCAUAUUCUGACCAUGAAUGGGUGAUUUUAAAUCUGAAUUUGACUGGAUAUUAUAGGGUUAAUUAUGAUCAAUUGGGUUGGAUGAAAUUAAAGCAACAGCUUGAAAGGGAUCCUAAGGCAAUCCCUGUGAUACACAGACUGCAGUUGAUGGGGGAUGCAUUUUUCUUGUCUAAACACAAUUACAUGGAGGUGGAGACUGCGCUCGAUUUAACCAAGUACCUUGCAGAAGAGGAUGAGAUCAUCGUGUGGAAUGAAGUCUUGGUCAACUUGGAGACCAGGGAACUCGUUUCUGAUACGAACAACUACGACUUAUACCUGUUACUGAAGAAGUAUCUGCUGCAGAGACUCCGUUCCGUAUGGAACACUUAUUCAGCCAUCAUUCGGGAGGACGUGGCAGCGCUGCAGGAUAAUUUUUUAGCCCUGCUGUCGCUGGAAAAGCUGUUUAGAACGGCCUGUUGGCUGGGCCUCCAGGACUGCCUUCAACUAUCCAGGGAAUUCUUCCAGAAAUGGAUGAGCCACGGGGAGAACGAAAUCCCGCAUGUGAUUAAGGACUCCAUUCUGUGCUACGGCAUUGCCCGGGGAGGUGAUGAAGAGUGGGGCUUUCUGUUUGGGGUCUACACGAACACCACCAGCGAGGACGACAAGAUUGCCCUCGCGUAUGCCCUGAGCUGUAGCAGAGACCCCUGGGCACUGAGCAGACUUAUGGAGCACGCCAUGACUGCGUCGCCAUCCACCCUCAACGACACAAACGUCAUGGAAAUCGUGGCGGGGUCGGAAGUUGGCUGGUUCGUGGCCAAAGACUUCCUCAUCAACAACAGACAAGCUGUAGUUGAAAGGUACGGGACCCACUCAUUGGUGACGUUGCUAUACAUCCUAGGGAGGCCCUUAAGCACGGAUCUGCAGAUUGCAGAGCUGCAGCAGGCUUUCAGUAACAUGCUGGACGAGGACCAGAGGAUGGCAGUGCAUGCCAAAUUGCAGAUGAUGAAGAAUGAGAAUGUGAAGAACAAAGAACGGGGGGCCAGGAUAGCUGAGUGGCUCCGGAGAAAUACAUAGCGGGGGCCCUGAGUUCUAGCAUCUGGUUUGCUGUCCAUGUUAUCUUCCUGAACUCGGUGACCUUGGGAAGCCACACGUCUUAUUGGCCAUGUGUACCAGUCUGAAUCCUUUCUGUGUUGUCAUAUUUGGCCCUGAGGCUCAGCAGUUAAUGAAGAUUUUUGUCAACACUGCUGUACUUUUUUGUUUUGUUUGAAGGAACUUUUUACUUCCUAUUGGGCAAUAGACCCACAGAUUUUCAUUUUAAAUGCCUUAUAAAAACAAAAACAAUUGCCUAAGGAAGUCUUGCUUAUUCUGUUGUGAAGGCCGGUGGAAUAUUAAAUUAUUGGCACCCAUGAGGAACACAUUCUUUUCCGAUGGAAAUUCAGAUUUGUAAUACUCUAGGGUUUAGGUAGUUCAAAAUCGAAGGAAUAAUGAGAACAUAGCAUGACAGUGUGAAGGAACUAAAACUAGAAAAAUAAUAUUCAUAAAAAAAUAAAACAGGAGCCAAAGAAAAGCAAGUUCUAAAAGGAAGAACAAUUUUAUGCCUGAAGUUCCCUGACUGGAAGAAAUGUGCCAUCUUCUGCCGAUUUCUCCUGCCCCUGCCCAUGCUACCUGCUACAUUAAAUUAUACUUCUUCGUUAUUCCACUUUAGAGAGUCCUUAAAGGACAAAUGAUUCUGGGAUCCAUGAAGUGCCCUUUGGUCCGCGUUACAUGCUCACAACGGAUAAGAAGUGGGUGUUCUGGUGUGAGAAUUCACCUGGGGUGGGGGUGUGUGUGUGACCCUCUUCCAGCCAGCUCUAAGGAAUGAAAAAUGAUGGCAGAAGGAGCCACUGUAACCUUGUGAUAGGACAGGAUCCUCUUCCGGUGCGGGGAGACGGCCCUGAACGGCUCUCCAGAGCAACGUGCUUACAGCUCUGCACUCAGGAGGGGACGUUUGAAAUGCAGCUUCAAGGUUUGGCUGAAUUGAGCCUGUUUGUCAUGUGGACCAAUUUACUUUAAACGUUUCCAUCCGUGGCAGUGUAUGGGAUCUACGUGGCUUUGUUACACCUGAUUAAAAACAGAACUACUAAGGCAAAGCAUGCUUACGUCAGAC